AUGUCAGAAUCAUCAACAACAAUCAAUGUUAUUGGAGUUGGUCUUCCAAGAACAGGAACGAGUAGUUUGAAAACUGCAUUGGAAAUACUUCUCUCUCAACCAUGUUAUCAUAUAAUUGAAACGAUGACGAAAAAUCAGUAUGAUGUUGAUAGAUGGCAAAAAUUGUUCAAUGAAGCUCGAAAGAUAAACUCAAAUGAAAUGGUGAUACACAGAGGUUUGAAUGAAAUACUGAAUGGUUAUGCGUCAGUGACAGAUAUUCCAGCAUGUGGAUUUUAUAGGGAACUAAUGACUGUAUACCCUUACUCGAAGUUUGUAUUGACAAUUCGUGAUAAAAACGACUGGCUGUCAAGUCUACGACAAACAAUAUUGCCGAAAACCAGUCAUUCACACACACUAGUGGUGGAAAAAGUCAAGCAUAUACUGGGACUUGAUGCGCGAUUCGUUAAAAUGGCAUUUGAUUCACUGACAUUCGCAUUUCGUAAAGGUGAAAUUGACUUUGAUGAUGAUGCAGUGCUAUUAGAAUGUUUCGAUGAAUAUAACGAAUUGGUAGUUGAGAGUAUACCAUCAAGUCGCCUUCUAAUACAUAAACUUGGAGAUGGUUGGGAGCCCUUGUGUAAGUUCUUGAAUGUGAAUGUACCUCGUUGUGUACCAUAUCCUCAUGUCAAUGAUCGGAACGAAACACAGAAGCGUGUUGAUUUGCUCAAAGAGAUUGGUAUCCUCUGGGACCAUUAG